AUGGCUCCUCCUAGCGUUCUCAUGGUCGGCACCGGCGAGUACACUACCGGCUUUGUUGGUGGUGGCCAGUCCGGCUCAGACAAAAAAGUCGGCGUGGUCGGCCUGACGCUGUUUGACCUGCGUCGUCGAGGCAAAGUCGGUCAGCUUAGCAUGGUGGGCGUGUCGGGCAGGAAGUUUCCUGCUAUCAAGCAACAUCUUCAAAAAAACAUCUCAGACGUGUACAACGGACUCGACGUCUCCUUCUCCUCGUUCCCAGCCGAUGACCAGACCGACCCGGAAGCAUACAAACAGGCCAUCGACGCGCUGGCACCGGGCUCAGCAAUCACCAUCUUCACACCAGACACAACACACUACACAAUCGCACUGUACGCGAUCCAGCGCAAGAUCCACGUACUCAUCACCAAACCCGCCACAAAACUGCUCGAGGAUCACUUGGACCUCCUCCAAGAAUCGCGCAAGCACGGCGUGCUCGUCUUCAUCGAGCACCACAAACGCUUCGACCCAGCGUACGCCGACGCACGCGCCAAAGCCAAGGGUCUGGGCGAUUUCAAUUACUUUUAUAGUUAUAUGAGCCAACCGAAAUCCCAACUCGAGACUUUUAAAGCAUGGGCGGGAAAGGACAGCGAUAUCUCGUACUAUCUCAAUUCGCAUCAUGUCGAUAUCUGUGAGAGCAUGGUGCCCGAGUACACACCCGUAAAAGUGACGGCGACCGCAAGCACAGGUUCAGCAUGGGAUUUGGGCUGUGUGCCCGAGACUGAGGAUACUAUUACGCUGCUGGUCGAGUGGAGGAAGAAAUCCGAUCCGGCGCGUGUGGCCACGGGCGUGUAUACGGCGAGCUGGACGGCGCCGCAGAAGGCUGGUGUGCAUUCGAACCAGUACUUUCACUACAUGGGCUCCCAGGGUGAGAUUCGCAUCAACCAGGCCAAGCGCGGCUACGACGUGGCCGACGACAGCCAGAACCAAGUCAUCUGGUACAACCCAUUCUACAUGCGCUACGCCCCGGACGAAGAAGGAAACUUUGCCGGCCAGACCGGAUACGGCUACAUCAGUUUCGAAAAGUUCAUUGAUGCAGCGACCGCUGUCAACGAAGGGCGCGUGACGCUCGAUGAGCUGGAUGCGCGCGGGCUGCCGACGUUGGCAAACACGGUGGCCACCACUGCGAUUCUACACGCUGGGCGUGUGUCGCUGGAUGAGAAGAGGGCGGUGGAGAUUGUGAGUGGUGAUGGGCAGGGAUGGGCUUUGAAGUGA